GUCAGAAACAGCAAUAGGAUACAGAAUGGCAUUAUAAACUGACUUCAAUGAGGAAGUGGCAAGCAUCUGAAACUCUUAUUCCUUUUUGCACACAAAAGCCUGAUAGACUUUAAGAUGAAGUUUUUGCUUCUAACGGUGAUGCUGACGGUCUGUGCUGCAAGUCCUCAAGAUCUGUCAGGUAAAAUGUUCACCUUCCCACAACAAAGCAACACAGCACGUGUGCAACUAAAUACUACAAGAGAGAAGUUCUAUGCUGCAACUGUGUGUCUCAGGUUCAUCACAGACCUCAGGAGAGACCACAUUCUUUUCUCUCUUGCCACACCCUCUGCUGACAAUAGCUUCAUGAUAUUCAGGUAUGCUGCAAGGGAUGCGAUCAAUGUCUUUAUCCUAGACAUAUCUGCAGCAUUUACAGGGCAAGACUACAUGUUGAACAUGUGGCACUCCAUGUGUUCCACAUGGGACUCCAGAUCUGGUCUGGCACAGCUGUGGUUUGAUGGACAACCUUGGACGAGGAAAUAUGUUAGUCCUGGAUCACACAUCAGCGGCCAUGCUAUAAUUUUCUUAGGACAGGAACAGAAUUCCCACGGUGGUGGCUUUGAAAUAAAUAAGUCUUUCGUUGGCAUGAUAUCUGACGUCCACAUGUGGGACUACACCCUCUCCCCUUGUGAGAUCCGGGAGUACAUGGAUGAACUCAACUUCACUCCAGGGAAUAUCCUCAACUGGAGUGCGCUGGAGUUUCAGAUCACAGACAGAGUGCUGAUAGAAGAUAAACCCAAAGCAAUGUACUGUUAACCAUUAAAACAAAACUAGGAGAGAAACACAAGGAAAACCAGGAGUUACGGCCGGAGCUGUGACACAAAGACUAGAUCUGCUUGUCAGUCCCUGUCAGAAUUUGUUUUUAGUAUAAUGUGAAAAAGUAUACACACUUUUAAACAUGUAGGCUAUGGAGAGGGAAACUUAAUUCUUCUAACUAAAAAAUGUUUCAAUUUGACACUGAAACAAAAUUUCUGAAUAAACACAACCUCAGUCCAAUCACCUUUGCACAAUCAAACAAGACCCCAAACAAGUGAAAUGCAAGUGUAGAAACAUAUCACCACCCAAUGAAAAAUGCAUUGCUUUUAGGGUCUACAUUGCACAAAAAAGACUCACAACAUCUUAAGGGUAGAGAACAAAUAGGCCCUUAAUGUUUAGUGUCACGUUAUUUAAUCUGAAGUGAAUGAAGAAAUCAUGGAACAUCUCUGAUGUUAUUCACAACUCAUCAACAUUUAAUAUGUACUCAGAUUAAUUGAUGUGCACAGAUGAGCAUGUCAUGAAUAACAAGGAUAGAUGUAAAACACAAAACAUCACACAGAUAGUAAAGGAACAAUUUAAGAAAGUAGAAAUUAAUAUAUUCUCUGCAAGCUAUACUAAAGGUUGGUGGGGUUGAGGUUUCUAACAUUUUUUCCCCUGUUACAGGGUUUUUUGGGAGGAGUUUUUCCUUAGAUGAUGUGAGGAUCUAAGG